GCAACUCUGGCCGUUAACUAAAUAUAGAAAAUAAAAAGAGAAGACAAAACAUUGAAAAUAGUAUGUAAUUAGUUUGGUAGUUACGCAGUGAAUUAUCAACUUUCCCUAGUGAACUAGUUUAAUUGUAGACGCUGAAAUGUAGUAUUGCCUUCACUACAGCAGGUGGCGCUAGACAGGUUAGCUUGUGUUAGUACCACGUUCUUUGAAACGAGAAGAAGAAACAGGGCAAACAUGGCAGCGUACAUGAGAAGCGUGAUAUGCCUUUUUUCUGUUGAGCGAAAUGCUUUUCUACACACAAAGGGAAGCGCUGUUAUUGUAGAAUCAAAGCGGUAUUUACGCGGACUGAAGAGGAACCCUGUCCGAGUGUUGUGGCCCGAAAACGAGACUGGUAAAGUCAUCAAGCCGACGCAUCAGCCAGCGGGGCCAGACGCUAAGAGGGAGAAGGAGGCAAAAGUCACAGCUACAAUAAAGAAUCGUGAAGAAAGAGACAUUGUUAAAGCGACGAGUAAUGUGCAAUCAACUAUUCAACAUGCUAAUGUUAGUUAUUCAAAGGAUCAAGUUGAUGGAGUGCGCUUUGAGAGGGCUUUCGCUGGAGAUAAAAGACUGGGGAAGUUAGUGAGUGUUGCUCGUUCCAGGACGUUUCGGGAGCAACAGGGUAAAAUCCUCCUGGAGGGCAGGCGUUUGAUCUGUGACGCCCUGGAUGCUGGAGCCAACCCACAGAUUGUGUUCUUCAGUACCGUGGAUCGUCUCCGAGAGCUGCCCUUAGACAAGCUAAAAAGGGCCACGCUAGUCAAGGUCAAAUUUGAGGACAUCAAGCUCUGGUCUGACGUUGUGGCCCCACAAGGGGUGAUCGCCAUAUUUGCCCGUCCGGACCCGUCACGCUUGAACUUCGCUAAUAAAGGUCAUUCAGUGCCGUUGUCCCUGAUAUGCGACAACAUCCGAGACCCUGGCAACCUUGGGACUAUUUUGCGAUGUGCUGCAGCUGCAGGCUGCCAUGAUGUCCUGCUCACCAAGGGUUGUGUUGAUGCUUGGGAGCCUAAAGUUCUGCGUGCAGCAAUGGGCGCCCAUUUCCACUUUCCCAUCUACUCAAGCUUGAGCUGGGAUGAUGUGGAAAAACAUCUCCCUAAACCUGUGACUGUCCAUGUGGCUGACAGCAGCAGUGGCGCCGACAGAAGUAGAGAAACAGAGGAUUUACAAGGUAACGUGUCCAACAAGCCGUCUAAAGCAGGAGACUAUGGCUGGGUCAGCACAAGGCCGAAUCAGAAAAACGUGCGCUACGAGGAAUACAAUUCUGACUCUGACUCUGACUCUGAUUCAGAUUGUGAAGAUGGGGGACAUUUACUUCCCCAAGUGGACUCAAAGCUGUACUAUGAGAGCUGGGCUCAGAGUCCCACCGCUCUUGUGAUCGGUGGAGAAACACAUGGUCUGAGUUUAGAAGCAGUCCAGUUGGCUAAGAAAACAGCCGGUCACAGGCUCUUUAUUCCUGUCGCUCCGAAUGUUGACAGCUUGAAUUCAGCCAUGGCCACAAGUAUCCUUUUGUUCGAGGGCAGGAAGCAACUGUUGAAACUCACAGAGGCACCUGGAAGGAAUUGGAAAUCUAAAGCCGAGCAGAAGUUUUCAUGAUGUUGGUGACUUCUGGUGUAAAUGUGUCUUUGUUACUACAGCCCGAACAGGAUGAUUUACAUUUCAUUCUACAUCCUGUUCUGCUAAUAAUAAAACACUGAAUGUCAGGUUUUUCAUUGUCCGAAUUCAUAAGUGAACUUUAUUUUCACGUUUUAUUUUUUAGUUUAGGGCUGCGUCCAGAAAUGAUUUUUUCAAUAUAAAAUGAAUCUGUAAAUUCUCUGGAUUAAUUGCUUCGUCUGUAAAAUGUCCGAAAAUUAAAAAACUGGAGCCUAAAA